CUCGGGGCGGCGGCGUGUUUGUGCAAAGGCAGCGCCGGGGAGCCGACGGGGGAAAUGAGGGAUCGGGGGUGAGAGUUAAUAUUGAGACUGCCGGCUUCGCCCCCCGCCCCACGGCGGGAGCGGUCCAGCCCUGCCCCGUGUGCCGGCGCUGCGCCCGGUUCCAGAGGAUGCGGCCACCUGCGAGAGCAGAGGUGACGCACGCGUUGCCACCUUGCAGGUUGUCUUGCAGUGACAUGGAGCGACAAGAGUCGUGCUGUCGUUCUUGCCCGGGCCGCUCACCUUUCGGGUGAAUGUAGGCUGGGUGUUUGUGUCCUGCCGACAGGCCGCCUGCCACAGUGCCCGAUCCCAGUAGGAUUGCCCCAGGCGCUGGCAUCCCCCUGCCAGCGUGCCUGGUCACUGGUGUUCUAACCACCAUGUUGGCUAGAUCUGAUCAGAGCACCAUUAGAUGACAUGGUGGUUGGGGUACCUGCAUCUGGGCCGUGGAAGUGUUCCCCACUGUUGUUGCUCGUAACAACUGGUGUGUCUGCAAGAGCCCUGAUGGGAUGCUGAGAAGAAAAUACUGGGGUAGUCGAGCUUCUCACCCAAGUCAAAGCUACUUUCUUGCCUGAUACAGUGUCACAGUUACGAACAGGCAGACUGUGACCAGGAGGUUGGAUUGAUGUUUGGCUUGAUGACGUGAUGUGAUUUGACACUUCACAUGCUGAGACUUGCUCUCUUCUUCCUCCAGGUCACUGAGAAGGAUCAUUGUGUUUAUAUAUGCGUAUGCUGAAUUGAUCUAACAAAAAUUACCUGUAUUUUUUUCCUUUAGGGUUUACCGCUUGUUUACAGUGGUGGAUGAUUUUGCUUUAAAAACAUUAUGCAGAUGUUAAUUCAUUGCUGUAAAGGUGCAGUUCUAGCCUCAUAAAUAGAGACACAAUGUUCUGACUGCAGAAGCUCUGAACUGUGCAAUGUUUGGAUCUGUACUGUUCUGUUGUCGCUGCCUUCCCCACCUUCCACCUGAGUUCUGUAGUUGUUUCUUCUCUUGUGUGAUACUUAUACAUUAAUUACACUUCCUUCACACUGCCAUGUGGAAGAAAUUCUGCUACUUUUUGUCCCAGCACUGGCUAUGGCAUUUUCUUCCUUUUCUAUUCUGCCUUCUCUGUUCCUCCAUUCCUAAUGUUUUUGGUCUGCUCUGUUUGAGCUUCUCUUUCAUAUUUUAUCCUUGGCUGUUUUUUCUUUUCAUCCCUUUGUACUUUUCAAGACACUGCAUCUAGGCCUACCAUACCCCUAUUUCUCUCUAUUUUAAGAUUUACUUAGAGUCCAGAUUUCAGAUCUUUCUACCUUCUAAUGUUCCUUUUCAUUAUACUCCAGGAAGAGUAGUUGGUUAAUGGACAUAUCCUUUGUGUUCUAACCUGCUGAAUAUAUUUUUUUACCAAGGCUAUUUCCCUGCCUAGUUCUUAUGGCAUUACCAAUUGUCUUUGUCUCUACAUAACUUCAAGAUUCCCUCACCAGCAAUUUUUGAGUAAUGGACUCUGACAAGGAUGUGUUGGUGUGCAUACAUCACUACCAGUCAAACUUUCAAACCCCAGCUGUUGCUGUUGUUGCUUCUGCCCUCACUGAGUAACAGGCAAGAACCAGAAUGUCUUGGGAAGGACUCAAGUUACAAGUCAUAAUGAAUCUCAGUUUACCAAGAACAUCAGUGAAACACUACGACUGAGGAAUCACACUGAUUGGAACAGAAGAUGUGCUGGUCUAAGCAUGAAUCCCACAGCUCAUGGGCAGGUUCUAUGAACAACAGGUAAAAUGGUGUCAGCCUGGGAAGUUGACUGGAGAAGCUUCUCUUUUUUGUGACAACACACAUCUUGUAUUGCAUACCAGAUAUAUCAACAGUGACUUUCACCAUUUGACUCUUUGCAGCAUGCCUGAGGUGUUCUGUUGUAUUCAAAGAAAAUGAAUUAUUUUUCACCUUAAAAAGCAGUAUUUGGUGUUUAGUUGUGGUAAGUAAUGUCUUGGGAAUGCCUGGUGCCUGCUCUGUUCCCCUCCAGGGCAGUGGAGCAACCAAGGCCAUCUUUGAGGACUCCUAAUGGUUUCACUCUCAGUUCAGUCAAUGCUUACAUGGGGGUUGAGAAGUUUAGUGAGGUCUGUGUAGAUGCUAGAGAGAUACCUAUCUGUUUUUUGUGGUGACCUUAUGACAGUGGCCAAAUACUUUCACAAGUAUAUCACUUUUUGAAAUGUGUCUCUGGGUACUCAGAAACUCAGAAAAUUUGGUCAUUCACACACUUGCUGUAACUUGAAAGCAGGCAAAGUUUUUGUUCUGAGGCUUUCCUUCAGAAGUUUGUGUUCUGGGAGGCUGUGCUGAAAUGGACAGAGUUUUGGGAAACAGAACUGAGAGGUGAGGCUGAAACCUAUAGCCUAAAGCUAAUGUUUAUAUUUGGGCUUUAUAAAUCAGUUUUCUCUUUUGAUAUUUGGCCUGAUACAAUUGCACAACAAUACCAAUUAAUACAAAUAAAUGGAUUUCCAUAUUUAUUUUUUUAAAAAGUAGUUCAAGUGAUUCUAGAUACCCUAUGCCCUUUAUUGAAAGUUAGUAACUGGAGGGAGGCACACAGCUCUCUGAAAUACAUCUAGAUCUGAAUUCUGUAAUAACCUUUGGUGUUUUGUUAGUCCAUUUAAUUUACAGAUAUCUGACAGCAAACCAUGGCAGCCACAGUAAUCUGUGCACCUUGCUGUGAAUUGUUCUUAGUUGGGGACUGUCUUCUUUAGUCUGUGUCCCUUACAAAAACACUUGGUUUCACACUUUGUUUUUUGCCCGACCAGAGAAAGUAACAUCACCAAAUGCAUUUAUGAAGUCAUUGCUUUCUUAAUCUAGAAACUAAACUAGGUUAGUUUUUAUGGCAGUUGAAAGAAGUGUCUCUGAUGAGACAGCCUGCAAAUCUGGGGCUAAAACUGAGAUUAGCGGGCAGAAAGAAUGAGGUGUGAGAUAAGAACGGGAGGACAGUCUUGGACUGCUCAAGUCAGCCUCUGUAAUGUGGAGUGAAACACAUCCUGCCCAGAUGUUCCUAUGCCAGUGGUUUGAAGGCUGUACAGGAAGCCACUUCUGGCUGCUCUCAUACAGGAUAACCUCCUGCAAAGCACAGUUCAUGUGCCACAGGCCUAUGUGGUGGCCUGAAAGGCUCUGGUCUUGCUCCCGUCUAUCCUGAGGUGAUCUGAGGCAGUAUGAUGAAACUUCUGUUUUCAAUUGUUUGAAGGGGAGGGAAAAGAUCAUGAUUGGUUUUUAGUUACUCAUUAAUGUCACCUUAAAAUAAAUUUGUGAAGUAAGACUUAUGCUUGCUGGUUUCACAUAGACUCCAGUCCUUCAGUCACAUGAUGGGCUUUCUCCUUGUGAUGAAGCCAGGUAAUAGCAUGAGGGAGACUUUUGUCUGUAGAAGCUUCACUUGCUGCAGGAAUUGGGGAGUGCUGUCCUUACAGCAGGAAAUGAGUUGAAGAAUUCUCUUGGUUGGCUGCUGCAAGAUUGGAUUUUUUGCAUUCCUGCAUUCAAGAAAACAGUAUUUUUCAUUUGAUGAUUAUUUGAGUGUUCCUUAUUUUAUGGAUAAUUGACUUGAAAUUGUCAAACCUCAUUUAUUGUGUGGCUGACCACUCAGGGAAUCAUUUGUUUUCUGGAUGUAAAAGUCCAGUGUUUACUGUUAACUAUACUGGCAAAAUGGCUCUCAGUAUCUCGAGCUGAGCCUCCAACAGUAUUUGCAGACGCUUUGCUUUUGCUGUCUGUCCAUCAAUCUUUUUCUGCCAUAUGGAUACAAUGCCACCCCUUUUUAUUCAACUUGCCAGUAGCACAGAAAAACAUCAGAAAAUUCAUGAACUGUCUCUCAGGUAGUUAGUACCUUUCUGUUCAGUGGAGGACUUAAUGGUAUUAAUUCCUUAAUAAAUGCCAUUUGACCAUGAGAAUAAAACAAAGUAUUGCUUGUUUAGGGACCAUGAUUUAUCUUCCACACUGAUGGAGCCCUAUGCGGGAGCAAAGUAUAUCUUGGUCUAGUGGAAGACUAUUAUAAUCCAUAUGCUUAGGGGCUGAAAGAAUUCAGAAGCAUCUCCCCUUUUAACUGCCUGUUACAGUCUUGGUGCACUUUUAACAUGAUGAAGAGUUCCCAGGCAGCUGUGCUUUCCUGAGGCUGGGUCUGCAGUGCAGCACAGCUGAGCAGCCCUCUGCCCCAGCCAAUGCACUCUCUCAGCAGAGCUGAUUAAUCUGAGUGGAGCAACAGGAGUUGUGUGUGUAGGUGUCUCUACAUAAGACUGUCUUGUGCUGUAUAGACAAUGUAAGGCAAAGCAACUGGGGGGGGGGUAACUUCUUUUUUCCCAACACUGAACAAGGAUUCCUAUUAGAAAAUAAACCCACUGUUACUUGUAAUACAACCAAAAUUGGCUUCAGUGAAGGUGUACACCUCCUACUGCUCUUUGAAAUCCCCUUAUCUGCUUUAUCACACUUCCUAAGACAAAUAAACAGCAGACACUUCACUCUUUUAAUAUCUUUUUGAAUCUUUACUUCAUUGCAUAAAGUAAAUGUAUGGCCUGCAGUAAAUCACAUAAGGUCUCUCUGUCUUAGCUUAUAUCUCUGCUUUGGCUGUAGAAAUACUUAUCUGUCUCACAUGAACCUCCUGUGAUCCAAUGACUCAUUCAUUAUAAAUGAAUCUUGAGAUGCUUGGAGACAUGGAAGAAGUACAGAGUGGUAAUAAUAUAUAUUUUUUAAUUUGCUAGCACUAAGUUUGCCUAAUACAGAUGCAGAAAUUCACUUCCAUGUGUUCUCCCUGGCACUCUUUUACAAUUUUUUCAGCCAGAACAGAAGGAACAGAGAGAUUUUUCUGUUUGUUGAGUUUAACACUUAAAUUAAAAAAAAAAAGAAAGAGAAAUGGAAGAAACAGACAUGACUCUGUCAAAGUCUGCAAAAAAACUAAAUGAAAAUUUUUGUGUUUGUUUUUUUGUCUUUUAUGUAGUUGCUUCCAAAAUCCGUUACCUUCAAGAGUACCACAACCGGGUUCUCCACAACAUAUACCCUGUGCCCUCUGGAACUGACAUUGCAAAUACUCUGAAAUACUUUUCUCAGACAUUAUUGAGCAUUUUGUCCCGCACAGGGAAGAAGGAGAAUCAAGAUGCCUCCAAUUUGACAGUGCCCAUGACCAUGUGUCUUUUUCCUGUGCCAUUCCCACUCACCCCAUCUCUAAGACCACAGGUCAGUUCCAUCAACCCUACUGUUACUCGCUCCCUCCUUUACAGCGUCCUGCGAGAUGCUCCAUCUGAACGUGGCCAGCAAAGUCGUGAUGCUCAGUUAUCAGACUACCCAUCUUUGGACUAUCAAGGACUUUACGUGACACUGGUGACACUACUGGAUCUAGUUCCCUUGCUACAACAUGGGCAACAUGAUCUUGGGCAAUCAAUUUUUUACACUACUACAUGCUUACUUCCUUUUCUCAGUGAUGAUAUUUUGAGUACUUUACCCUAUACAAUGAUUUCAACAUUAGCUACCUUUCCUCCAUUUCUGCACAAGGAUAUCAUAGAGUAUCUCAGCACAUCUUUUCUGCCUAUGGCUAUAUUGGGAUCUUCAAAACGAGAAGGUGUCCCAGCACAUGUCAAUCUGUCUGCAUCAUCAAUGCUGAUGAUUGCAAUGCAGUACACAUCGAACCCAGUGUAUCACUGCCAAUUGUUGGAAUGCCUCAUGAAAUAUAAGCAAGAAGUAUGGAAAGAUUUACUAUAUGUCAUAGCCUAUGGACCAUCUCAAGUUAAACCUCCAGCAGUACAAAUGUUAUUUCACUACUGGCCCAAUUUAAAACCCCCUGGGGCAAUCAGUGAGUACAGAGGACUGCAGUACACAGCCUGGAAUCCUAUUCAUUGCCAGCACAUUGAAUGCCAUAAUGCCAUUAACAAACCAGCUGUGAAGAUGUGCAUUGACCCAUCCCUGUCUGUGGCUUUGGGUGAUAAGCCACCUCCCCUAUAUCUUUGUGAAGAAUGCAGCCAAAGAAUUGCAGGGGAUCACAGUGAAUGGUUGAUUGAUGUUCUUCUGCCACAAGCUGAAAUUUCUGCUAUAUGUCAGAAGAAGAACUGCAGCUCCCACGUCAGAAGAGCAGUGGUGACGUGUUUCUCUGCGGGCUGCUGCGGCCGCCACGGCAACAGGCCCGUGCGCUACUGCAAGAGGUGCCACUCCAACCACCACAGCAGCGAGGUGGGGGCGGCCGCAGAAACACACCUGUACCAGACCUCGCCUCCCCCCAUCAACACCCGCGAGUGCGGGGCAGAGGAGCUCGUGUGCACCGUGGAAGCUGUGAUCAGCUUGCUGAAGGAAGCAGAGUUUCAUGCAGAGCAGAGGGAACAUGAACUCAACAAAAGGAGACAGAUGGGCCUCUCCUCUUCCCAUCACUCCCUGGACAACACAGACUUUGAUAAUAAAGAUGAUGACAAGCAUGACCAACGCCUCCUGAGCCAGUUUGGAAUAUGGUUCUUGGUGAGCCUUUGCACUCCUAGUGAGAAUACACCCACAGAAAGUUUAGCAAGGCUGGUUAGCAUGGUGUUCCAGUGGUUUCACUCUACAGCUUACAUGAUGGAUGAUGAAGUUGGUAGCCUGGUUGAAAAGCUGAAGCCCCAGUUUGUUACUAAGUGGUUGAAGACAGUUUGUGAUGUCCGGUUUGAUGUCAUGGUUAUGUGUCUCCUUCCUAAGCCAAUGGAGUUUGCCAGGGUUGGUGGAUACUGGGACAAAUCAUGUAGUGCUGUAACCCAAUUAAAAGAAGGGCUGAAUCGAAUCCUUUGCUUGAUUCCAUACAACGUGAUAAACCAGUCAGUGUGGGAGUGUAUCAUGCCAGAAUGGUUGGAAGCUAUAAGGACGGAAGUGCCCGAUAACCAACUGAAAGAGUUUCGGGAAGUGCUGAGCAAAAUGUUUGACACUGAGCUUUGUCCUCUCCCUUUCUCCUUGGAGGAGAUGUUUGGCUUUAUUAGCUGCCGAUUCACAGGGUAUCCAUCAUCUGUGCAAGAGCAGGCGUUGCUCUGGCUGCAUGUGUUGUCUGAACUUGACAUUGUUGUUCCUCUUCAGUUACUAAUCAGCAUGUUUUCUGAUGGAGUUAAUUCUGUAAAAGAAUUAGCAAAUCAAAGAAAAUCAAGAGUCAGUGAACUGGCAGGAAAUCUUGCAGCUCGGAGGGUAAGCGUUGCUUCUGACCCUGGGCGCAGAGUUCAGCACAACAUGCUGAGUCCUUUCCCAAGCCCCUUCCAGAGCCCAUUUCGGAGUCCAAUACGUAGUAGUCCUUUUCACAGCCCUUUCAAGAAUUUUGGACAUCCUAGUGGGAAAGCAAUUGAUUUUGAGUGUGAAGAUGAGGAAAUGAAUCUUAAUUGCUUCAUUCUGAUGUUUGAUCUAAUCCUGAAGCAGAUGGAACUCCAGGAUGAUGGUGUCACUUUGGGCUUAGAGAACAGCAUCUCAAAAGAUAUAAUAUCCAUCAUAAACAAUGUGUUUCAGGCACCCUGGGGUGGUUCUCACACCUGUCAGAAAGAUGAAAAAGCAGUUGAAUGUGGUCUGUGCCAGUCCAGCAUUCUGUGUUACCAGCUGGGUUUUGAGCUGCUGGAACAGCUUGCUCCAAAGGAAGAAAUCAGGCUUGUGGAGCCCACAGAUAACCUCGAGGAUAGUCUUCUGUAUACUAGACCUGAGUUUAUUAUAGGAACUGAAGGAGAAGAGGAAGACAAAUCAGCACCAAAGCACGGAGAAAACCCAGGAAAUCACACAGAGACCACAGAAAAUGCUGCAAUAAAGAAUGACACAGAAAGGAAGUUUUGUUAUCAGCAACUUCCAGUUACCUUGAAGCUCAUAUACACUAUAUUGCAGGAAAUGUCAAGGUUUGAAGAACCAGACAUUCUUUUUAACAUGCUGAAUUGUCUGAAGAUCCUGUGUCUUCAUGGGGAAUGCCUGUAUAUAGCAAGAAAAGAUCAUCCACAAUUUCUUGCCUAUAUUCAAGAUCACAUGUUGAUUGCAAGCUUAUGGGGAGUUGUGAAGUCUGAGUUCUCUCAGCUUUCUUCCCUGGCAGUCCCACUUCUUCUUCAUGCACUUUCGCUUCCUCAUGGAGCUGACAUUUUCUGGACAAUCAUAAACAGCAAUUUUAACAGUAAGGACUGGAAGAUGAGAUUUGAAGCAGUUGAGAAAGUGGCUGUGUUGUGCAGAUUUUUGGAUAUCCACUCUGUGACAAAAAACCACCUACUGAAGUACUCUUUGGCUCAUGCAUUCUGCUGUUUCCUGACUGCUGUGGAAGAUGUCAACCCAGCAGUGGCUACAAGAGCUGGACUGUUACUUGACACCAUAAAGAGGCCAGCUUUACAGGGUCUCUGCCUCUGCCUUGAUUUCCAGUUUGACACAGUUGUCAAGGACAGGCCCACAAUUCUUAGUAAGCUUUUGCUACUUCAUUUUCUAAAAGCAGAUAUCCCAGCUUUGAGCUGGGAGUUCUUUGUGAAUCGCUUUGAGACCCUGUCUUUGGAGGCACAGCUUCAUCUGGACUGCAACAAAGAAUUUCCUUUCCCAACAACUAUCACUGCUGUCCGGACAAAUGUGGCCAACCUCAGUGAUGCGGCAAUGUGGAAGAUCAAGAGGGCUCGUUUCGCACGUAACCGUCAGAAGAGCGUGCGCUCCCUGAGGGACAGUGUGAAGGGACCCGCCGAGUCCAAGAGAGCGCUCUCCCUUCCAGAAACCUUAACCACCAAAAUUCCUGUGAGUUUGACCAGACAUGAGCAGUCUGCACCAACACUUGGAGGAACACCAGAGCAAACACCAGGACAACCUUCCCCAGAGAAUGAUAAUACAAUAAAAGACCUGCUGCCAGAGGAUGCUGGGAUUGACCAUCAGACUGUCCACCAGCUCAUUACAGUGCUCAUGAAGUUCAUGGCAAAGGAUGAGAGCAGUGCAGAGUCAGACAUCAGCAGUGCUAAAGCUUUCAACACAGUCAAGCGCCAUCUGUACGUCCUGCUUGGCUACGAUCAGCAGGAAGGGUGCUUCAUGAUUGCACCCCAAAAAAUGCGUGUUUCGACCUGCUUUAAUGCCUUUAUUGCUGGAAUAGCACAAGUGAUGGACUAUAACAUUAACCUGGGAAAACACCUUCUUCCCUUGGUGGUGCAGGUGUUGAAAUAUUGCACUUGUCCUCAGCUAAGGCAUUACUUUCAGCAGCCUCCUCGCUGCUCUCUCUGGUCCCUCAAACCUCACAUUCGGCAGAUGUGGUUAAAGGCUUUGCUUGUUAUUCUCUAUAAGUACCCCUACAGAGACUGUGAAAUCAGCAAGAUUGUACUUCACCUAAUCCACAUCACAGUCAAUACCCUCAACGCUCAGUAUCACAGCUGCAAGCCUCAUGCAACUGCUGGCCCUUUGUAUAGUGACAACAGUAACAUAAGCCGAUACAGUGAAAAGGAGAAAGCAGAGGAAGACAGUGUUUUUGAUGAAUCUGAUAUUCAUGAUACACCAACUGGACCUUGCAAUAAAGAGUCUCAAACUUUCUUUGCAAGACUGAAAAGAAUUGGUGGCAGCAAAAUGGUGAAAUAUCAACCAGUUGAGAUGAAUGCUCAGAGAAGUGAAAUAGAGCUGGCUGAAUAUAGAGAGACGGGGGCCUUACAAGACAGUAUUCUCCGCUGUGUGAGAGAAGAAAGCAUUCAGAAAAAAAAACUGCGCUCUCUAAAACAAAAAUCUCUUGAUAUAGGGAACGCAGACUCCCUGUUGUUCUCAUUAGACGAACAUCGCAGGAAGUCCUGCAUAGACCGGUGUGACUUAGAAAAGCCUCCUGUCCCUGCUGCUUACACCAUGCACAGGCAGAGCGAUUAUGGACGGUCUCGGCAGAAUUCUUCUACUAAAGCUGAAAAUAUAGACGCACAAGAAAGCCUUCCCCAUACAGAGAGUUUCCAGGAAACAAAAAGACCUGUCAUCCCAGAGGUUAGGCUAAAUUGCAUGGAAACCUAUGAAGUGAAAGUGGACUCCCCAGUUAAAACUGCUGGUCCCAAGGAAGAUUUAGAUCUGAUAGAUUUGUCCUCUGAUUCAACGUCGGGUCCUGAAAAAUAUUCAGUGCUCUCCACUUCAGACAGUGACUCUUUAGUCUUUGAACCACUUCCUCCCCUUAGAAUAGUGGAGAGUGAUGAAGAAGAAGAAACAGCAAACCCUUCGAAUGACGAGGUCUCUGGCAAAACUGCUGUUUCAUCUCCAAUUCCUAUCAAUGUGUCUGCACUCAGCCUCAGCACAACUCCGCUGGUACAGUUCAGCAUUGAAGAUUGCUCCAAGGACUUUAGUUCUAAGGAUACAAGCAACAGUGCUUCAGCAGGAAUAGAGGAGGUAAUUUCCACUUCUCCCAAAGAUCAAAAGGAGUCUUCAGAGCUAGUUAAGCCAGAAGAAUUUCAGGACGUGUCCUCUGGAAACUCACUAACGCUGAAACAGAAAAGAGACCUGCUGCAGAAAUCAUCUGCCCUUCCAGAAAUGUCCCUUGAUGAUAACUCUGAGCUUGGUGUGGAGGAAAUUAAACCCAGUGGAACAAUUCCAAGCCCAAAUGUAAAGACAGUCCUUAUCAAAGUCCCCGAAGAUUCUGAAAGGCAAACAGAAGGGGAUAAACUUGAUACCAAUACAGAGUCUGACACCGAGCAAAACACAGAGCAGAAACAAGAAGGGGAGACUGAAGAGUCAGAAUUUAAGAUUCAGAUUGUUCCUCGCCAGAGGAAGCAGAGGAAGAUUGCUGUGAGUGCUAUUCAGAGAGAAUACCUGGACAUUUCUUUUAACAUCCUUGACAAGCUGGGAGAGCAGAAGGAGGCAGAUCCUGCUGCCAAAGGACUUUCAACACUGGAAAUGCCAAGAGAGUCAUCAUCUGCACCAACCCUUGAAGCAGGUGUUCCAGAGACAAGUAGUCACUCUUCCAUAUCAACUCAGUUCAGACAAAUGAAAAGAGGCUCUUUGGGAGCUCUGACAAUGAACCAGCUAAUGAAGAGGCAGCUGGAACACCAGUCUAGUGCUCCCCACAAUAUCAGCACUUGGGAUACUGAGCAGAUACAGCAUGGAAAGAGGCUGUGCAAUGUCCCUGUUUGCCUAAAUCCAGAUUUGGAGGGACCACCACUGAGAAUCAGAGGUGCUACAAAAUCUAGUUUGCUAUCAGCACCCAGUAUAGUCAGUAUGUUUGUACCUGCACCAGAAGAAUUUGCUGAUGACCAGCCCAUUCUGAUGACUGACAAGUGCCAUGACUGUGGGGCUAUUCUUGAAGAAUAUGAUGAAGAAACACUAGGCCUGGCCAUUGUUGUGCUCUCAACUUUCAUUCACCUCAGUCCAGACUUGGCUGCUCCUCUGCUGUUGGACAUCAUGCAGUCUGUAGGAAGGUUGGCAUCAAGUACCAGUUUUUCUAAUCAAGCAGAAAGCAUGAUGAUCCCUGGAAAUGCUGCAGGUGUGGCCAAGCAGUUCCUCCGUUGUGUGUUCCAUCAGCUGGCUCCAAAUGGCAUCUUCCCUCAGCUCUUCCAGAGCAUUAUUAAAGAUGGAAGCUUUUUGCGGACCUUAGCCACGUCUCUGAUGGACUUCAGUGAGCUGAGUUCCAUUGCUGCUCUGAGCCAGCUGUUGGAGGGUUUAAACAACAAAAAAAAUUUGCCAGCAGGGGGUGCGAUGCUACGCUGUUUGGAAAACAUUGCUACCUUCAUGGAAGCCUUGCCGAUGGAUUCCCCCAGCAACCUCUGGACCACAAUUAGUAAUCAGUUUCAGACCUUCCUUACUAAACUCCCAUGUGUUUUGCCUCUUAAGUGUUCUUUAGACUCUAGUCUAAGGAUCAUGAUUUGCUUGUUGAAGAUCCCUACCACUAGUGCCACCAGGAGUCUUCUGGAACCUUUUUCAAAACUACUAAGUUUUGUAAUUCAGAAUGCUGUCUUCACUCUGGCUUACCUGGUGGAACUAUGUGGUUUGUGCUACCGAGCCUUCACAAAGGAAAGGGACAAAUUCUACUUGACACGCUGUGUUAUAUUGGAGUUGCUGCAAGCACUCAAGUUAAAGUCACCCUUACCAGACAUGAAUCUGCUGCUGUUGGUGCAGUUUGUUUGUGCAGAUGCUGGAACAAAACUAGCUGAGUCAACAAUCCUACAUAAACAGAUGAUUGCCUCAAUGCCUGGAUGUGGAACAGCAGCAAUGGAAUGCAUGAGGCAGUAUGUUGGGGAAGUGCUGGAUUUCAUUGCAGAUAUGCAUACCUUAACCAAAUUGAAGAGUCACAUGAAGACUUGUUCUCAACCACUGCAUGAAGACACAUUUGGUGGGCAUCUGAAAGUUGGUUUAGCUCAGAUUGCUGCUAUGGAAAUCACCCGGGGAAACCACAGGGACAACAAAGCUGUGAUCCGGUAUCUGCCUUGGCUUUACCAUCCUCCUUCGGCAAUGCAACAAGGGCCUAAGGAGUUCAUAGAAUGUGUCUCACACAUUCGUUUGCUGUCCUGGCUACUUCUGGGGUCUCUGACACACAAUGUUGUCUGUCCAAAUUCUCCAUCAUCUUGCAUGCCUAUUCCACUGGAUGCAGGUUCACAAAUUGCUGACCACCUUAUUGUUAUUCUGAUUGGGUUUCCAGAGCAAUCAAAGACAUCUGUUCUGCACAUGUGUUCCCUGUUCCAUGCAUUUAUAUUUGCUCAGCUCUGGACAGUGUAUUGUGAACAAACAGCAGUAGCUCCGACAGUCCAGAAUCAGAACGAAUUUAGCUUUACAGCAAUCCUCACAGCCCUGGAGUUCUGGAGCCGAGUGACACCGAGCAUCCUGCAGCUAAUGGCACAUAACAAAGUGAUGGUGGAAAUGGUGUGCCUGCAUGUGAUCAGUUUAAUGGAGGCUUUACAAGAAUGCAAUUCUACUAUCUUUGUAAAGCUUAUACCAAUGUGGUUGCCAAUGAUACAGUCAAACCUAAAGCAUUUAUCUGCUGGACUUCAGCUGCGCCUCCAAGCCAUCCAGAGCAAUGUCAACCAUCGCAGCCUGAGGAUGCUACAGGGGUCAGGACAAAUGAACAAUAGCUCAUCUGUGCUCCGCAAGUGGCUACAGUGUACACAGUUUAAAAUGGCUCAAGUAGAAAUUCAGUCAUCAGAAGCUGCAUCUCAGUUUUAUCCUUUAUGAUUAAUGUAAUUUGUUCCAAAAUACUUGGUUUUUUUUAGCCUAGCAAUAACAGGAUUAGAGCUGUAAAAGACCUUUUGUAUAAAUCCGUAUACAGAGUAUAUACUGUAUCUACACUUUCUAGUCUAGGACAGAUUGUGAAAAAGCUAAUAAUGAGUGAAGCUAAGAGCCUGCUCCUGCCAGUUUAUAAUUGCAGUUACUCAGGAUCAACAGGUUCUAAGUCUGCGUUCAUGAACAUGGAUUGGACUCAAAUCUAUCAUAUUGUACAUACCUCUCUAAUCAUUGAAAUAACUUGUUCUUAAAUGUUCCUUUACAUUAUUUUUGAAGCUAAAAUAAAAAUCACUUUUCUUUAACUUCUAUUUUUUUUAAAAAUAGAAUUGUGGGUAUUCACAAACAUGGAAGUGCUAUGUUGCUAUUUUUUGACAAUUACAAAAGAAAAUAGGGUUUUUAGGAACCUUUAUAUAAGUUUUUAGGGGGGAUGUCUUUUUUUUUUUUUUUAGAUUCACAGCUGGCAAUGCAAUAAAAUCUGUCACUAUAAAAUCGUGAUGUUCUAAUGAGGCUUUUUGUCUUCAUCUUCUGGGAAAACAGCAGCUUGUAAGGAGAGUUGUUAUGAAGUGCACUUAGAAAUUAGGUUGUUAAACUGUGCCAAUUAAUUUGUGGUUUUUUUCAGUACAGUUUCCAAAACUGCCAGGUCUGAUUUAUUAAUUUUUGAAAUAUUGCUUUUACUUCAUUGAUUCUCUGCUGCUCUUCUUUGUAGGUUUCAUAGAAGCCUCUUUAAUUUUGUGACUACUGUAUUGUAUUCUUCUGUCGAUACUUGUAUACAGUGCAAUUAAAAAGAUAUCCCAAAUCUAUUCUUAUUGAGGUCUACAGAAUUUAUGUUGCAAACUUCAAGAGGAGCAUGAUUGGACUUGAACUUUUGCAUAAUGAUAUUUACAAAUCCCAGUAUUUGCAUACUGUUGCAUACAUGAUGUUUAAUAACAGAUACAUUUUAAUACCAUUAGGAGACUCAGCCAAAGCCCAUUGGAAUCUAAGGAGAAUCAAUUAACUCAGUGGAUUUUACAUAAAAUCUUGAAAGCAUAAUGAUUUACCACCUCUUGUAAUAAAUACUUAAAUCUGUGCAAUCCCAGUUGUAUUUUCAUUAUUUAUUCUGUAAUGCACUGAUUAGAAAAAUAACAAACAUUAGGUUGUAUAUUGGAAUGGUACUAAAUUCAUAGUCUUUAUUUCCA